GCGUACUAGUCUGUGUGGCACUUUUCCUUUGACGCGAAGGGCUUGCUGUCAAGAAGGAAACGGACAUCCUUCUGAAAAAUCCGAAACAUGGACACGAACAAAAAAAGGAGAAUAAAACAGACUAAAUUAGUAUCAACUUUCCGAUACAUGUAAUUCAUUUCAGCGCAUUUCCCCUGUAUAGGGCUGAUCUUAGUGGACAUGGAUGCCCCUCUUCCUUUUUAACCAGCCCAGCCUGCCUUCUUUCACAGUGCCCCAGCCUGGAUGAAUGGUGAUGAGACAUUGUUGACCCAUCAGCAGCAGUGCUUAGCAUGAACAUCCACACACUGGGUGAUUCUCUGGGCCCUAGCCUUGCGGUGCGUAUGAGCGGAGCCGCCAGUGGCUGGAGCAGUCUCUCUCUGAAGCCAGUGCCUACCGGGUGGAUCCCCUCUCUGUUCCAAACCAUGGUCCCUACGGGAUACACCAAGCUCCAGGAGGAGCGUGGUCUGGCCAUGGCCGACCUGGGGCCCAAACCUGAUGGGAACGGCUACCGGCCUGACCCCCCUCACCUGGAGGUGCGCCGGCACUCGGACCGGGUAGCGCGGACAUCCGUUAGCCUGUCAGACGGUGGGGAUGUGCGGUACUCUGAGACUGAGCCCAUGCUCCCUGAGGGGACACUCUCAGGGGAGGAGGGCGAUGUAGAGGAGAAGGAGGAAGAGGAGAGUCAGAGGCCCCCCACACGGAACAUGCCCAAGGAGUCGCCCCUGGCCAUGGCGCUGCAGAUCGUGGUGCCUUUCCUGCUGGCUGGGUUCGGCACGGUGUCAGCAGGGAUGGUGCUGGACAUAGUACAGCACUGGGAUGCCUUUAAGUACAUUACAGAGAUCUUCAUCCUGGUUCCGGCUCUGCUGGGCCUGAAGGGCAACCUGGAGAUGACCCUCGCAUCCAGACUAUCCACUGCGGUGAAUGUGGGGAAGAUGGAUUCUCCCAUAGAGAAGUGGAAUCUGAUCAUAGGAAACCUGGCGUUAAAACAGGUACAGGCUACAGUAGUAGGCUUCCUGGCAGCAGUGGCGGCAGUGGUUCUUGGUUGGAUCCCAGAGGGGAAGUUCCAGAUGAGUCAUGCCGUGCUGCUCUGCUCUGCCAGCGUGGCCACUGCCUUCAUAGCCUCUAUGCUGCAGGGCUUCAUCAUGGUGGGGGUGAUCGUGGGCUCCAAGAAGACGGGCAUCAACCCCGACAAUGUGGCUACACCCAUCGCCGCCAGCUUCGGUGACCUCAUCACCCUGGCCAUCCUGGCCUGGAUCAGCCAGGGACUCUACAACUGCCUGGACUCUCACCCGUACGUGUCGUCCCUGGUGUGUGCCUUCUUCCUGUCUCUGACUCCAGUGUGGAUGGUGAUCUCCUCCAAACACCCGGCCAGCCGCACCCUGCUCUACUCCGGCUGGGAGCCUGUCAUCACAGCCAUGGUCAUCAGCAGUAUCGGAGGACUCAUCUUGGACAAAACCGUGUCUGACCCGAACCUGGCUGGCAUCGUGGUGUACACCCCUGUCAUUAACGGUAUUGGGGGGAACCUGGUAGCCAUCCAGUCUAGCCGUAUCUCCACUCACCUUCAUUUCCACAGUGCUCCUGGGGAGGUACCAGAGGAAGCCAAAGGCUGCUACUACCCCUGCCGCACCUUCUAUGGCACAGGAGCCAAUCACCGUUCGGCCCAGGUGCUGCUCCUAUUGGUGCUCCCGGGUCACCUGAUCUUCUUGUACACCAUCCACCUGAUGAAGAGCGGCCACACCACCCUGACGCCUAUCUUCAUGACCGUCUACCUGGCUGCCGCCCUCUUACAGGUGUUCCUGUUGCUGUGUAUAGCAGACUGGAUGGUGUACUCUAUGUGGCGUAGUGGUAAAGACCCAGACAGUUUCUCCAUCCCCUACCUGACCGCCCUGGGCGACCUCCUGGGCACCGCUCUCCUGGCCCUCAGCUUCCAAUUCCUGUGGUACAUCGGCGACCAGGACAGCGACGUGGGUGACUGAGAUGACCCCUGAUCCCUGGCAGAGGGGUCACGCCCGUGCCUCUACCCCGACCCAGAACCCCUACGCCUUCUCCUUCUCUUAUGCCUUGCGGGGUUGUUGACGUUUAGGCGGUUUGCCUCGCUCAGCUAUUGGUCGCUGGAUUCCUCUGCCUCUCCUAUUGGGCAGAGUAGCACUUAACAGUAUGCUGAUUGAGCCAAUGAGGAGCUACAGAUGUUCAUUUGGAAGAAAAAAACAAUAUUAUUUGGAAAGACAUUUCUCUGCAUCUGGUUCCUUUUUUACAUUCAACCAAUGACAUUGCAUUCUAAAAAUCAUAUGCUUCUUACAGUGCAAUUUAUUAAGCGAUUUGACCGUUGUUGUUUCGUUGCAACAAGUCACUUAUAUCCGGUGGACACUGCAAAUUUAGUUGGAAGCCUUCAGUUAGUGAGAUCAACGGGCUGCAGUGUUUAGUCCUGACAGAGGGGAGAUACAUGGACAGACAGGGUGGAGAAAGGCCAGGUUACAGGAGGUACACACCUGGCCCUUGACAGCUAGGGCCAGGGUUUGCAGGGUUAGUCGCUGGAUCAGCUGUUUUAGAGCUGGGAUGGAACAAAAGCCUGCACACUAUGCUGUUGUUACAGACUAGUAUUGCCUUCCCCUGGUCCAAAGCUUUAUAUAGUCUAUACUAGAGCACUGAGUCUACUCUCAGCCCAGACGAUAUGCAUCUCACUCUCUUUGGAUGCACUUCGUUUAGGCUCUCAUUAAGGUCAGUCACAGAUUGAACCUCAGUUGUUUAUCUGUGUGGGGUUUCAUGUGGCCAUCUGUACCCUUAGUUUUGUUUUGCAUGAUCACAAGGAAGGACAAAUAGAAUUGGGGACAGCAGCCUGAUCGUGACAGUUAACGGUACUCAAAGGAAUGUAUUGGAUACCUGCUAUUUUCAUACCUCUCGAGGGACUUGAUUCUUUGCUCUUUCUCCCUCUUCUCUUCCCCCUCUCUCUCUCUCUCUCUCUAUCUAUCUAUAUAUAUAAUGGCGGUCCAGUCACACAGAGUAGGUAAUAUUGUGGUGUUAUACAGUCAGGUCCCGUGCGAUCAUGUGGUUUUGACCGUGGACGUUUACACGCCACGCACUCUGUUUACACGUAUGUGCGUAUGUUCACUACGGUGGCUCUCUGCCGUUAAUAUUCCAAUGAAAUGUGCCUGCGGAGAUUCACAGGGUGAUGAGAUGUUAUUCUUUCUGAUGCCAUAUUCCUUUAGUUUUCUGUUGGAUCUGUUGUUGUUUUCUAACCUCUAAUAAUGUACUGUUAAAAGGGUUUGUUGUUUUCAUAUUCGCAAUCUGUUCUCGGAAACGGACCACGAAUUACCUUUUUGUGACUCAUAUAAACGUUUAAUAAAUAAAUAAACGUCCAGCAUGAA